AUGUCAUCAAAGUUAUAUGAAUUGAAUUAAAUCAACACUGCAACCACUAAGUAAAUAUAAAAAGACUAACACAUAUCUAUCAUUGCAGAAAACUUCCAUGUUUCUUUAAUAGCUCUCUAGCAAUACAAGUUUAAAUAUUUUAUAGGAGAUUUAGCAAAUAUCUUAGCCAAUAGAUAGAGUAUAAAACCAGCUAAAUAUAUUGUGAAAUAUUGA